AUUAACUCAUGCGACUGCCUCUCUCUCUCUCUCUCUCUCUCUCUCUCUCUCUCUCUCUGUCAAACGACUUCUUCUCCACAAGCGUCCAAACGUAGAGAAUUGAUGGAAAGUGGGUUUGGCUUUUGCAAGAUCCAUGUUCAUUUUUUCUUCCUUCCGUAAACUAAACCACUUCGUCCACCAUGAAUAAGCCUGUAAAGUCCCUUGUGGACACAACACCCAUCCCUCUCGUCUAUCUUGAUCUCCCGAUUCUCAAGCAACAUGCGUCAGUCGAAGCCAGGCUCCCCAGAUAGAGCUCAGAUCCCACAACUUUAUCUCAAUCCAUGGCUCAAGCCCAGAUAAAGAACAAGCUUGAGGGAGAUAAUAUUGUUAUCAGGUUUCAUCAUCGAAAGGGGCAGGUCGGGUCUUGGGUUCCUGUGGCAUGAUCAUGGUUCUAGCUCGAGAUCAGCUUCCUGGCAAACCGUGUCGUAAUCCGCCUGGUCCUGCGUGUGUUGUGUCUGAUCUAGCAGUUGAUCUUCAUCUUGGUCAAAUGGCUGAAGAUGAAUCAAGAACUAACAGUAUCAAUGAGGAGGCCUCAUCAAGCUCAAAGGAUGUUGGAGAUCAAGAAGAGAAGGAUGAGGCGUGGCUACAACUAAGCAUAUGUAGCCAUACUAGAGCGAACAACGGUGACAAGAAGUGUGAUCGGAUCGAGCCAACUGGUCAAGGAAUUAACCACGGAGUAUCGGUCGAGCUCGAUCUAUUACCAAGCGGAUGUUCUUGGCACCCGACACCGCCCUUAACCCCCAUCUUCGAUGUGCCUAAUCUUAGAGAUUCUAGGCCAAUUACCAGUUUUGCUAGUGGUAGAAGUACUAAUCAUAGCUCAUCUUAUCUCUUUCAACCCCCUACAGGUAGUUCGACUUUUCCCACUCAUGGGUUCAAUUGGCCCAAUUUCUCGUUGUCGCCGUCGCUCCAGUGUUCCUCAUCUUCUUCUCUAAUACCACCCCGGUCAAAUCUUCCUCCUUCCUUUCAACUUCAACUACAAGUAGAUGGAGCAUCGGGGUCGAGCAUGGAUUUUAGGGUCAUCGACGCUCCAAAGAGAACUUACCCUGGAGUUUGGUUCGUGUUACGAGCAUCACAAAAUCAAGAUAAAGAACCAUUCUUGCCCCAAAUACCCAAGAUUUACCUCAGAGUCAAGGACGGAAGGAUGACAGUCCGAUUUUUAAUGAAGUACUUGGUCAGGAAGUUGAGACUGGAUAGCGAAGCAGAGCAGGUUGAGAUAACAUGUAGAGGCCAAAAGCUGCUGCCUUUCUUGACGUUGCAGCAAGUAAGAGAUAACAUUUGGAGUCCAAGCGAUGUGGUGACUUUGCUUCCUGAGUCCGCAACGGCAUCGGACCACAUCAUGGUGCUUCACUACGGUAGGGUCGCCUGAAAAAAAAAAUGAAACUUAUUACUCACAAGUCACGACUUUGUAUUUGUUCUCAAGCGAUGCGAUCUAAUUUAUUAAUUAAACCCUAUUAUUUAUUUUAUCCCAGAGGGUUAUUUAGUUGCCUGAUCAAAAUCAUACAUAUACUUUCUUUAUGUGAUAUUAUUGGUAUGUGCUUUUCUUGUAUGGGUAAUGUGUAAACUAACCUAUAAUCUGUCAAAAAGGUGGAGCGGGAAUUAGGGAGGUA